UUUGGGUGGGGCUAGUGACAGCUGUUUUGGAGGAUCCAAGUAUAGACAGUCUUGAAGUCAAGCUACAUAAUCUCUUGACAAGUUCAUGCUUAUAUUUGAGUGUGUUGUCUUGCCACCUUCAACAUCAAAUGCACAAAGGUCUUGUCACUCAAAUUCCUGAAAAUAUCUCCCAGCUUUCCAGAAGAGUGCAUCUUCUUUUGAUGCCAGUCUCACUUGAUCAGUUCUGAAUGUGAAUGCCCUCAUGACACUAAAAUACCGUACGUUAUGCUGAGUUUAGGUACUGUACAGACUGUGCCUUUCCUAGGCUGAGAAGAAAUAAUUGCCGUUUCAGGACCACUGAUAGCGCCCAUUUUCUUUUUUACCCAGCAACAGUAAGGCAGUCCUUAAAGGAAAUCUUUAUUGGCUGAAGCAGGACAGACUUGACAGAUGGAGGAGUACAAUUAAUCUUGAAGGUGGAGAGAAAUCUAGGCGCUCUGUUGACUGGUACUUUCUGCCACCAUGGGGGAACUUUUCCGGAGUGAGGAGAUGACGCUGGCCCAGCUUUUUCUACAGUCAGAAGCUGCUUAUUGUUGCGUCAGUGAAUUAGGAGAACUUGGAAAGGUUCAGUUUCGUGAUUUAAAUCCAGAUGUGAAUGUUUUCCAGCGGAAAUUUGUGAAUGAAGUUAGAAGAUGUGAAGAAAUGGAUCGAAAGCUUCGAUUUGUUGAGAAAGAGAUAAGAAAAGCUAACAUCCCAAUUAUGGACACUGGCGAAAACCCAGAAGUGCCCUUCCCCCGGGAUAUGAUUGACUUAGAGGCCAAUUUUGAGAAGAUUGAAAAUGAACUGAAGGAAAUCAACACCAAUCAGGAAGCUCUGAAGAGAAACUUUCUGGAAUUGACUGAAUUAAAAUUUAUACUUCGAAAAACUCAACAGUUUUUUGAUGAGGCUGAAUUGCAUCAUCAGCAGAUGGCGGAUCCAGACCUGUUGGAAGAGUCCUCAUCCCUCUUGGAGCCAAGUGAGAUGGGAAGAGGCACACCUUUAAGACUUGGCUUCGUGGCUGGUGUGAUUAACCGGGAGCGCAUCCCUACUUUUGAGCGCAUGCUGUGGCGAGUGUGCCGGGGGAAUGUGUUCCUGCGACAGGCUGAAAUCGAGAACCCCCUGGAGGAUCCUGUGACUGGUGACUACGUGCACAAGUCCGUGUUUAUCAUUUUCUUCCAAGGCGAUCAGUUGAAGAACAGAGUCAAGAAAAUCUGUGAAGGGUUCCGAGCCUCACUCUAUCCCUGUCCUGAGACGCCACAGGAGAGGAAAGAAAUGGCUUCUGGAGUUAAUACCCGGAUUGAUGAUCUCCAAAUGGUUCUGAAUCAAACAGAGGAUCACCGCCAGAGGGUUCUGCAGGCAGCUGCUAAGAACAUCCGAGUCUGGUUCAUCAAGGUGCGGAAGAUGAAGGCCAUCUACCACACUCUGAACCUGUGCAACAUAGAUGUGACCCAGAAGUGCCUGAUUGCGGAGGUGUGGUGCCCUGUCACAGACCUGGACUCCAUCCAGUUUGCACUUAGAAGGGGCACGGAACACAGCGGUUCCACCGUGCCUUCCAUUUUGAACAGGAUGCAGACAAACCAGACUCCCCCAACCUAUAACAAAACCAACAAGUUCACAUAUGGCUUUCAGAACAUUGUAGAUGCUUAUGGAAUUGGAACUUACCGAGAGAUAAAUCCAGCUCCAUAUACCAUCAUCACUUUCCCUUUCCUAUUUGCUGUGAUGUUUGGAGACUUUGGCCAUGGCGUUUUGAUGACCCUUUUUGCUGUGUGGAUGGUGUUAAGGGAGAGCCGGAUCCUCUCCCAGAAGAACGAGAAUGAGAUGUUUAGCACUGUGUUCAGUGGCCGAUACAUUAUUCUGUUGAUGGGUGUUUUCUCCAUCUAUACUGGCCUCAUCUACAAUGACUGCUUUUCCAAGUCUCUUAAUAUCUUCGGAUCGUCCUGGAGCGUCCGGCCGAUGUUCAUAUCUAAUUGGACGGAGGAGACACUUCGGGGGAACCCUGUUCUCCAGCUGGACCCAGCCGUCCCUGGAGUUUUUGGUGGACCAUACCCUUUUGGCAUCGAUCCGGUACUUGGUUUUAGGUUGACAUGUUUUCGGAAAACCUUGGUGGAUUUGUCCAGAAUACAUGAAAGCUCCUUGGGGAACCAAACAUUCCUUCCUGCACUACGUAUUUCUGAGACACCUAAUAAUAUUGACCCUGGGAAGACUUAUUUUCAAGACUCCUUCCCAAUUUGGAACAUUGCUACCAAUAAACUGACCUUCCUGAAUUCCUUCAAGAUGAAGAUGUCUGUUAUCCUUGGUAUUUUCCAUAUGAUGUUUGGAGUCACCCUGAGCCUUUUCAACCAUGUCUAUUUCAAGAAGCCCCUGAAUAUCUACUUUGGCUUUAUUCCUGAAAUAAUUUUCAUGACCUCCUUGUUUGGCUACUUGGUGAUCCUCAUCUUUUACAAGUGGACGGCCUAUGAUGCUCACACCUCGGAGAAGGCACCGAGCCUCCUGAUCCAUUUCAUAAACAUGUUUCUCUUCUCCUACUCCGACACUGGCAAUGCGAUGCUAUACUCUGGGCAGAAAGGAAUUCAGUGUUUCCUGGUUGUAGUUGCACUACUGUGUGUACCGUGGAUGCUGCUGUUCAAACCACUGGUCCUUCGCCGUCAGUAUUUGAGGAGGAAGCAUCUGGGAACUCUCAACUUUGGUGGGAUCAGGGUGGGCAACGGACCGACAGAGGAGGAUGCUGAGAUUAUUCAGCAUGACCAGCUCUCCACCCAUUCAGAGGACGCGGAAGAGUUUGACUUUGGGGACACCAUGGUCCACCAGGCCAUCCACACCAUCGAAUACUGCCUGGGCUGCAUCUCCAACACUGCCUCCUACCUGCGACUCUGGGCCCUCAGCCUUGCUCAUGCACAGCUGUCUGAGGUGCUUUGGACCAUGGUGAUCCACAUCGGCCUGAGCGUGAAGAGCUUGGCAGGAGGUUUGGCGCUGUUCUUUAUCUUCACCGCCUUUGCCACCCUGACUGUGGCCAUCCUCCUGAUCAUGGAGGGCCUUUCAGCCUUCCUCCACGCACUACGGUUACACUGGGUCGAGUUCCAGAAUAAAUUCUACAGCGGGACCGGUUUCAAGUUCCUGCCCUUCUCCUUCGAGCACAUUCGGGAAGGGAGGUUUGAGGAGUGAGCCCCUCAUGGGGCUGGGGUGCCCCAGGCCGCCCUCCCUGCCACCACACUCCCUGCCUCCCCACGGCGAUUAGUGGUGCUCCUGUUGCCUGCUGGUGGGAUCCCUGGGCACCAGAGCAUGUGUGUCAUCCCUGACACCCUCUCCCAGCCGGCUGUGAGUCACUUAGAACCUGCUCUACCUGGGUAUCCCUGCGCCACCCCUAGCUUUGUGUGUAGUGAGUUUCUAGAGAGAAGCUGGGCUUUGGCUGGCACUCAGCCACCCACUGGGCACCAGCUCUGUCUCCCCAGCCUUCAGCCAGCCAGAGAGACCCUUCUCCGUCCCCUAGUGGUACCCCAUUUUGUGUGUUCACACUCAUGUGAAUUCUUUGCGUCAGAGUGCUUGUUAAUCAGGCAUUCAGCUGGACCCAGCCGGGCCAUCAUGGUGACUUCUCCCUGCCACCCCCAAAGUCCCAAGAUAUUCAGCACCACCUUCCUCCCCCCUCCUCACACUCAUACUCUCUCCUCCUCCCUCCCAGCUUUCUCUGAGAGUGGCCCAAAACAGGUCCUGGAUGGCUGCUUAGCACACAGUGCUCCCUCCCUUUGGUUGGCUGCUUUUUUUCUCUUGCUACCCCAGGCUUUGAACAGGCCCAGCUCACACGUGUGCUUUCUAGAGGGAGGAUUCAGAUUGAUACUCUUUUCCUGAUGGAGACCCUGAGACCCUCCUCACCCCCAAUCAUGAUGUCUUAAGAGUACAGGGCUGCUGUCAUCAGGGUGAUCUCUCCGCAGCCUGCUCUGCCCACCAGUCCCCCUCUGUUGCGAGACUGGUGUCCUGGGCAGGGCAGGUCAGCAUCAUUGACAGCUGCUGGUUGGAGACGGCUAGCCAGGCCACCCUGCCCCAGGGGCCGGUGGUAAGCACCUGCAAGGGGUCCCUCCCCUGCCACCCCCAUACUGGGGUGUUGAGCUUAGGCCCUUUAAUCAUGUGUUAGUGCAGCAGCCCUGGGCUGCUCUGACUAAAUUGAUCCCCACCGCCUUCAGUGACAGUUCCCAGAGUUUCCAGGCCGAGGUUCUUCCCUCCCUGCUCACUUGGCUCUUAAACGCAGGCUGAGCCGGCCUCGCUUCCCGUGCUCAGUGCUGAGGUGAUGUCCCUGUGCUGUGACCUGACUCAGACCUUAUGCAGAGCCCCAUCCUCUCUUACCCCUGUGGUUUACUUGAUGAUCUUUCCCUGUUUACAGCGGGGUUUGAAGCAGAUUCUUCGUCAGGGAACCCUGCUUAAGGUCCUUCUGUACAGACAUUCCUGUGCUGAAUAAAGUGUGUUUGACUCCA